AGAAUUGUCAAUAACGACAAAUUACAAUGCCCAUAUCUAAGGGUGAAAGUUGCGAGACAAUAAGGAUGAGCAAGACAAAUGAGAUGGGGACAGCUGAAAGAUUGCACUUUUAUAAUAACUCAGCUUUCUUUUUUGCAGGAACAGAUUGUAUGCCAUACUUGUGGUUUGGAAUUCAAAGGGUGAUAGUUCUAAAUAAUGUCCAUUAUGUCGGAGCAAAAACGAUAGUAAGCUCAUACAGUUUGGCUCAGGAACAUGAAGGAUAUCAGCUCGUGCACAAACUGGAAGUAAACAUAUACUGGACAAGGGCAAUGGACAGGUGUGCUGCCAGAAAUUCGCAGCAAAUACACAAUAAGACUCACAGUACAACAAUCGAGUCAUUGGUACAAGAAAAUGGAAGACAAAUCUGUGCAUACACAGAUAAUGUUUGGGGCAGAACUGAGCAGGAAUGUUUUAAACCUGUGGACCAGUCAUGUCCAGAACUGUGGGAACAAUGGAAUGGCUCAAAUCUGGGAUUCGACCACUACUCAAAAUUACAGGACCAAUGCAGUAAAUCGUGUAGAACCAAUCGUACACAAAAAACAUGGUACAACAAUGUACAAGAGACAACACAAUGCUUGUAUGACAAUAAAAAUGGAUGCUCAUUUCACUCAAAUGACAAAUCUGGGCGGCUGCAUUCAUGUGAAGGAAGGAACAAAAGCAAAUGUUGGGACACUCAAAGAACAGACAAUAUUCAUGUUCGAAUCCUUAUGAAGGAGAACAUGAUAAAGCAGGGAGAUAUCACACGUACUGACCAUACUUUGCUUCAAACAAGCUCGUCAAGCCAGAUGGAGCAACAAUACCAAGUAUGUUGUAUUCGUCGGCGGCUACUGAGAUUACAAAGUAUAAUUUUCCAGAUUAUACAUCAUCACAUUAGGCGCGUUAUUAGUAUACAAAUUGUACUAUCAAUGAUGAGUAUUAUACUUAACAUUGGUAAUAGGAUUUAUGUGCAUCUUAUAUUUUACUUCUUUCAUCGUUCAAGAUCACCGGAAUUGUUGUAAUAGUUGUAAUUCUCUAUUUUUACUUUUAUAUAUAUAAAAUUAGCCCUAGGCACUUGCCUAGAGGAUUGCCAAA